UCCCACGCGGCGAUGCAUCGAGGGGGAGAGAGAGAGAGAGAGCGAGGCGCUAAGCAGACUGCUGAGACUUUGACAAAGCAACUCAUCGUCAUCUUCUCCAUUUCAUUGCAGCGACGCCAUGGCUAAUUCCAAUCAACAUUUCUGCAAGGAUUACUUGGUGUUGAAGCCAGAACAAGCCAGUAUAUUUGAUCUCGUCCGGAUCUUGUAUUCAUCCGACAUAGAAAAGAGAGGAUUUAUCGAAUGCAUAGAACCUGGAAAUCUGAGAGCUUUCCGGCGGAGAUGGCUCCUCUUCGUCUCGGUCCUGGCGCAGAAACUUCUCCUCUACCUGGAAAAGCCCAUGUCUUGGACGGGCUAUAUCGUUGAGAUGUGGCUAAAUCUUCUGUCGAGCAAUGGAGGCCUCGGAAUGCUUCUUUUGAAUCUCUUAAAAGGAUCGGCGGCGAAGCCAGAGAGAUCUUCGGCCGCGUUCAGGUCGAUUAUUGCAGCCAUUGACACCCGACUGGCAUUAGAUGGAAGCAUCAGCAACAGUGACAAUAGAUAUGGUGCAUCACUGUCCAUGAUGGCGGCCAAGUUGUCGUACGAGAACGAAGCUUUUGUUGAAGCUAUUGUGGAACAUCGUUGGAAGAUGCAGUUCUUGGGGUUCUUUAAUUUCUGGAACGAUUACGAGGAAAAAGCUUCAACAACAGCCAUCUUGUUCAAGGACAACACCUCCAACCUAAUGGUGGUGGCAUUCAGAGGCACUGAGCCAUUCAACGCGGACCAGUGGCGGACAAAUGUCGACUUCUCAUGGUACGAGCUUCAAGGCGCGGGUAAAAUCCACGGUGGCUUUAUGAAGGCCCUGGGCCUCCAACGCAGAACAGGCUGGCCCAAGGAGAUAGGAGCGCCUUCGGGCACACCCCCUUUUGCUUACUACACACUCAGGGAGAAGCUGAGAGAUUUAACGCGGGAGGAUGAGGGGGCAAAGUUCAUCGUGACGGGACACAGCCUGGGAGGGGCGCUAGCAAUUCUGUUUGGGGCAGUGCUAGUGUUACACGAGGAGGCAGAGCUGUUGGAGAGGCUGGAAGGGGUGUACACUUUCGGGCAGCCAAGGGUGGGGAACGAGCAAUUUGGGGAGUUCAUGAAGGAGAAGUUGAGGCUUCAUGAUGUCAAGUAUAUGAGGUAUGUUUACUCCAAUGAUGUGGUGCCUAGAUUACCAUACGAUGACAAAACUCUGCUGUUCAAGCAUUUUGGGCCCUGCCUCUACUUCAACAGCCGCUACAAGGGCACGGUUUUGGAGGAGGAACCAAACAAGAACUACUUUUCGUUGCUGUUGGCAAUACCCAAGAGCUUGAAUGCAGCGUGGGAGCUAAUGAGGAGUUUCAUUAUCCCAUAUAUCAAGGGCCCAGAGUACAAAGAAAGCUGGGCUUUGAGGCUAUUGCGGGUGGUUGGAUUGGUGAUGCCAGGACUCUCGGCCCAUUUUCCUCAAGACUACGUCAAUGCUACUAGAUUGGGAUCCUUCUCUUGGCAAGUUGAUCGCCAAGACGCAGCACCUCAACAAGGUUAUAAAUGUGACUAGCUAGUAACAAUAUAUUCUCCAUAUACAUGACUUCCUAUCAUCAAUGUAUAAUUAGUUCUAGUCAUUUAUUAUUUUGUAAAUUCUAUUCGACUAUUAUUUAUCAAGACUUAAAAGUGUUAUCCACCCAAAAAAUGAAAACAAGCAAUAGAGGGAAAAUAGGGUAUCUUAACACCUUAA